AUGGAAGAGGCAGAAAUUACGCUGGAGUGUUUCCUGAAAUUCGUCGAGUCACGCAGUUUUGCUCUUCAAUCAACACAACCAGCCAAGCCGAAAACUAGUGUACCCUUCAAAGAACCUUCAAAGCCUCAGCCUCAAUCGAGAGGUGCCACCGCAUUCGUCGCCACGAACCCUCCGUUCUGCAACGUGUGCAGCAAACAAAACCACCAUCUUUACCAAUGUGGAAAGUUCCUUCAUAUGAGCCACAACGAACGACUCUCGCACGUCAACAGGAAAAAACUGUGCAAUAAUUGCCUGAAAGUACACCCCGGUGAGAGCUGUAAAUCAGGUACGUGUAGGAAAUGUGGCUUACCUCACCACACCUUGCUAUACCCGGCGUCGUCAUCAGCAAGCCCACCAUCAUUCCCAACAUCUUCAGUCACGGCCCAGGCAAAUCCAGGGACAUCAGCUCAGUCCUUGAUUUCGGCCCUCGACUCACCAUCCUGCCUCGAUACAUCCAACGUUCUGCUUGCAACCGUCGCCAUCAACGUCUUGGAUGUUCACGGACGCCCACACGCCUGCCGUGCCGUAUUGGAUUGCGCGUCCCAAGUCAGUUUCAUUAGUGAAAGCUUCUGUAAACAACUUGGUCUCAAAACGAUAGCAGCCGACAUGGAUCUCGAAGGCACUUCUUCCACUCUCGCGCACGCUGACAAGUGUGCCGAAAUCAUCAUCUCCUUUCGUUGCUCGGAUUACCGCACCUCUGUAUCAUGCGUGGUAUUGGAAAAAAUCACCAGAAUGUUGCCCGGCAAACCGGCGAAUAUCGACGAUUGGUCUAUGCCUGGAUCGAUACACCUAGCCGAUUCCCUCUUCCACCGCCCGGGUAAGGUAGAAGUAUUACUGGGUAUCGAACUUUCCUUUCAACUUCUCGAGCCUGGCAAAAUUGCUAUCAGUGCCGACGGCAGCUUACCAACACUGCAAAACACCAAACUCGGCUGGGUGGUUGCUGGUCGUUAUCAAGAGCCGAACACAUCGAGAGGUUCUCAAGUGUCGACUUGUCUAUUUGCUUCUACCGAAGACGAUCUCUCUCAGCAGCUACGCAAGUUCUGGGAACUCGAGGAGUAUGCCGUCGCAUCUAAACAUCUCACCGAAGAAGAGCAACGAUGCGAACAACACUUUGCAGAACACACCUACCGAAAUGAAUCGGGCAAGUUUGUUGUCCGUCUUCCUUUCUUGCACGAUCCCAACCAGCUAGGGGAGUCGAGGCAAAUUGCGGAAAAAAGAUUCCACCACAUCGAGAAAAAACUUGACCGCAACCCACAACUCAAAAGUGAGUACCACGCGUUCAUGCGUGAGUACAUCGAUCUCGGCCACAUGUCUCUCGUUGAUGAUACUUCUACAUCCAACAAAUCGGUGUAUCUCCCACACCACUGCGUGGUCAAAACAACGAGCUCAACUACUAAAUAUCGAGUCGUUGUAGAUGCGUCUGCAAAGACCACCAGCGGUCUCUCUUUGAACGAUGUACUUAUGUGUGGCCCAGUUAUUCAAGAUUCGUUGGUUAAUAUUUUGAUCAGAUUCUGCUUCCCACCAAUCGUACUCGCUGGUGAUGCAAAGCAAAUGUAUCGAAUGGUCUGGCUAAACGAACUCGAUCGUGACUUUCUCAAAGUUUUGUGGAGAUGGACUAAGGACGAGACUUUGAGGGAGUAUCGUCUAAAUACAGUCACCUUUGGGAAUAAAAGCGCUUCUUACUUAGCCACGAAAUGCGUCGAUCAACUCCUCGAUUCCUACCAGCAAAUAUAUCCAGUGGCUGUUGGCAAGGCGAAGAAGGGCAUCUACGUCGAUGACGUCCUUACCGGUGCAGAGUCCGAAGAAGAAGCCAAAGAACUACGAGAGCAGCUCACCGAAAUAUUUGCAGCCGGUGGAUUCCACCUGCGGAAAUGGGCCUCGAACAGCGAAGCAGUCUUGGAAGGCGUUCCCGAAGCUGACUUGGAGGUGAAAAUUCCCAUCGAGGAGAACGGAAGCAUCAAGGCGCUCGGAAUGCAAUGGCAGCCGUGCAGUGACGAGUUCCACUUCUCUUAUCAACAAACCGAGAUCCUUCAGCCCACAAAACGCAUCAUCUUGUCGCAAAUCGCCAGCCUAUUUGAUCCGCUUGGCCUUCUAUCACCAAUCAUCGUUAAGGCAAAGCUGGUGAUGCAACGCAUGUAG